UCUCUGAGGAGAUAACCAAUAAAGGACAAGAACUUUGUUCGACUUUGCAGGAAUUUGCAUUUUGCAUGAUCUUGCUGAUAAAGAUUAUGUGUCUCUGAAAAGUCAAACAAUUCACACAAAUGACGACUUAUUUGUCUUUCAAUAAUAAUUAUUACUCCGUUUUAAGUCGUGUUUACGAAUUGUAAUGUUUUUGUUCCGCUAUUGAGGUUAUGUAUUAUACGAAAAAUAACCUCAAAACAGAUUAAAACAUUUUUCAAUUUUUCGUGAAAAGUACUUGUAUUGGAGAAUCAAAAUGAAACAACACGAAAAUUUGAAGGGUUGGCCUCUUGUUUGGUGGCUUUUCACCUUGUUCGGUAUCCCUGUGACGUUUCCAUGGUUAUUGUAUCACUUGGUUGACUUUUUAAGGAAUAAACGUCGAAAAGCUGCGCUUCAUAGCAAGGUAGUACUGAUCACUGGUGCGAGUUCAGGUUUGGGUGAAGCUUUGGCCCAUACAUUUUAUAGUUGCGGUUGUCGAAUAAUUCUAGUAGCCCGGCGCAAGGAGGAAUUGGAAAGAGUGAAAAAUUCGUUGAUGGAAACUCACCAUACUGCUCCGACACACCCGCCAAUUGUUCUUCCGCUGGAUCUCACCGACAUCAAUUCUCUUCCUGCAGAAAUCGAUAAAGUUCUUACUAUUCAUGGCCAGAUUGAUCUUCUGAUAAACAAUGCUGGAAUUUCGUACCGUGGAGAAGUUGUUAGUACGAAUGUCAAUGUAGACAUCAAAGUCAUGCUAGUUAAUUAUUUUGCACAGAUUGCACUUUCGAAAGCUGUACUUCCCUCAAUGAUAAGCCGUCAAACUGGUCACAUAGUCUGCGUCAGCAGUGUACAGGGGAAAAUUGCCAUACCCUAUCGGUCAGCUUAUGCUGCAUCGAAGCACGCUUUGCAGGCGUGGAGUGAUUCCACACGAGCAGAACUGGCUGAUAAGAAUGUUAAGAUUACAGUCGUUAAUCCAGGGUACAUAAGAACGUCGUUAUCACUCAAUGCCCUGACAGGGGAUGGUCAAAAUUAUGGAGUGAUGGACAAAACUCUGCAGGAAGGUUAUACUCCAGAAUAUGUUGCCAGAAGAAUAUUAACAGCAGUAUUGAAAGAAGAAAAGGAAAUAAUGAUAUCUCCAAUUACUCCAAAAGCUGCAACGUUCCUUCGCUAUAUUUGGCCAUCCCUCUAUUUUAAAAUAAUGGAGAGACGGGCUAAGAAGAAAGUUGAAUAAUGAGCAUGCGAAGACAAAUAAUAUGAUAAUUUUUUUGGUCACUGUGUUCUGUUUGUAUUUGUUACGUGAGUACAAUCGUUUUUUGUAUUUUAAAUUAUCAUGUCAAUGUGAUUCGAGUUGAAUUAGCGCAGAAUUCAAAUUUUUUUCAAUGUAAAUAAAUAAUAAUCAUGAAAAAAGUAUUUAUUAUAAAAGAAACGAAAAACUGAAUUGUUUGUAUGCAUGUAGAGGAAUUAAAUUAUUUAUUGGUGUUACCAACGUUAUCCCCUUGAAAAAAAAUGAAAUUAUGUGGAAAAAAUAAAUAAACAAAACAACA